CUGACUCUGAAAGGGAGUGAAUGUGCAGAUGGGCUGGGGAAUUCCUCUUUUAUCACAGGGAUGGCGCAGACUGUGUGUAAACGGGACAUACAGUGGACGAAGAGCUCCUGUGCAGCUGUCAGGCCUCCUGAAAAGCAAGAACAGCCCCGUGUGCCCUGCUGGAACUCUCCACUUCAGCCAUCAUGAAGCUCUGGCUCUUCUUCACACUGGCACUGCUCUGGCUGGAGGUCCAAGAUGGUGUGUCAGCACAGGUCAAGCGAAAAAAAGAGGCUGGUGAGAACCAUAUUAGACCAGGAAGAAAGAGGGUGAAGGUUCACUACCCCAAAGUAAAAGAGAAGGAGACACGAAGCAAGGGCCAGUCUAUUCUCACCCAGGUCCUUGAUAAAGGCCGUUUUCUCAGAUUGGGCGAGAGCCUUUCUUUGAAUCCUGGGAAAACACUGGAACUCAGAUGCAAAGGGACUAAUAUAGGUUGGGCGUAUCCCUCUUAUCUGGACACAUACAGUGACAACCGUCUCAGCAUCAAGCAGCAUGAGCGGUACAGUCAGCUGACUCUGACGUCGCCCUCUGCUGCUGAUACGGGGGACUACAGCUGCUGGGUGGUGCUCUGUGAUGGAGAAGAAUGUGCAAAGGAUGGAGAAAGCACCUCUGCUACCUACAUUUACUUUACAGACAAAGAUGAGCUGUUUGUCCCCUCUGCUAUCCAUUUUGAGAUCAUCUACCUGCGCCCUGACAAGCCCGCCACCAUCCCGUGCAGGGUGACAAACCCCAAAAUCAAAGUCUCGCUGCACAGGGAAGUUCCUGCAGAAGAAAUCGCUGUGGAUGGGACCCAGAUCUCUUACAAUCCCACUAAGGGCUUCAUCAUCCAAAACCCCAGUCCAGAACACAAGGGUGCUUAUUAUUGCAAGGCCAACAGCACCACGAAAACCACUUCACAAAUAUCCACUAAAUACCAGCUGCUGUAUGUGGAAGUGCCAAGUGGUCCCCCUUUUGCAACUAUUGAGGCUUCUUCGAACACCGUGAGUGGUGGCGACAUCUUUAAUGUUACUUGCACAGUUCUGGGUGAACCGGAGAUGAAUGUCAGCUUCAGCUGGAGGUAUCCUGGCCAGGGUCAGAGGCCGUAUAGUGCUUCUAAUAAAGUGCUUCUUUUGAUUUAA